ACGCAUCUUCACGACGACAGUCAAAAAUCGUAGGAAAUACAGGUCUGCGUUUAAUAUCUGGUCUGUGCGUGGAUAGGCCAUUUACCGCCCAUUCUCUCAUAACGUUGCUAUUUGCCAUGUAUUUCCCAGAUGCACCCGCAGUUGUCCGAUAAGCGUAUUGUCUGCAGGGAGUUCAUACAAGCACUUGACGCCUGCCAUUCCAACAACUGGGCACGCCUUACUGGUGGUUGUAAUCGAGAAAAGGAUAGUCUUAACCAAUGUCUUCGAAAAGAGCGGGUUGAGCGUUCUUCUCGCAAUCGCCAGAAUGCUAAGGAACAGCGCCUGAGGGUGGAGCAGGCAUGGAGAGAGCUUCACGAGGAUGAGUAGUGGACAACAUUAGCUCUUGUGGCAUUACAGUAUAUCAAUACGACCACCAAUCAAUCAUUUAACAGCGA